AUGGAUUGCCCAAUGCAUCGAUCAACAUUCAAAGUGUCAAAGUGAUUUGAAGUUCCGCGCGUCUUAAAUAUUAAAAAUAUCAAAGUUUUCGCUGUCGUUUCGUUCUUAAUCACGAACAAUGAGCUUCAAUCCAGUCACCACCGCUAGCACCGGAUUUGCCUUUGGUGGUACUCCUUUUGGUACUGGAACUACGACUUCUGCAGGCGUUGCAACAACAGCUUCUGCCACUCCAGCAACAUCCACUGCAGCAACAUUGACUUUCGGAUCGGGUUUGUCUGCUACUUCGACGCAAGUGACAACUGCUACAGUUGCGCCAACCGCGACGACAACCACUAGCCAGCAGCAGCAGCAACUCGCAAUUGGCAGCUUUACAACCCCGGUAAAACCAGCAGAUACUGCACCACCGGCAGCAAAUCUCACAACAACCACCCAAACCACUCAGUCAUCAGCUAUAUCUGGCUCGCAGCUUAACUAUUGCCAACUAGAAGAGUUUAUUAAUAAGUGGACCCUAGAACUAGAAGAACAAGAAAAACUGUUCACCAACCAAGCAACUCAGGUCAAUGCGUGGGAUAAAUUGUUAUUAUCUAACGGUGAAAAGAUUGUAGCGCUCAAUGAGUCCGUCGAAAAAGUUAAAGCUGAGCAGGACACAAUGGAACAGGAGUUGGAAUUCAUUACUGCACAGCUCACUGAAUUAGAGGAAUGUAUUAUGCCCCUGGAGGACGAACUUUCCAAGAUCGUGCAGGUUGACAUAGAACGAGGUCAAACUUACUCGAUGGCUGAAACACUGGAUUCGCAGCUAAAGCAGAUGUCAGAGGAUUUAAAAGAGGUUAUCGAACAUCUAAAUGAGUCCAACAAGUAUUCCGAUCCAAGUGAUCCUCUGGUUCAAAUUGGCAAGAUACUGAAUGCGCAUAUGAACUCACUGCAGUGGAUCGAAUCCUCUACUUCAAGUAUAACGAAUCGGUUGGAGGACAUCGGUAAAAUGCACGAUACUCUGCGGAAGGACAACGAACGCUCCUUCCGAUUGACUUACUAUGACAAUUAGUUUGUAGGUUUACUUCUUGUAAGAUAAACUCUUCGUCUGAAUUCCUAUGUUUGGGUUUAAUAAAAAGCCUAAUGUUUAGUUUCAAA